AUGGCAGCGAUUGCAAUGAUCCCAACGCCUCUACGUGCAUCCAGGCAGUGCACUCGGCUGUUCACAUCUCCGUUGGGGAGCGCUCCCCUUUCCCAGCGAGUAUGGCAGACGUCGGUAACAGAAGCACGCAGCUUCUCAGCAAUUACUCUGGGCAGUCGCUCGAGGAUUCAGGCAAAGUAUGAUUUGACUAAGCAUGGCCAGUCGCAAUUGGCGCGAAGUGUUGGCCAACAAAAGCGAUACUCCGCACAGAAACCAACUAAUCCGGACUCUUCAAGCUCCAAAAAGUCCGCAAUUCUCUCCAAACUGCCUCGGACACAUGAGAAUAUUUACACCGUCCCCAAUAUUCUCACUUUCACCCGUCUACUUGCUGCGCCUAUGGUAGGAUACUUCCUCGUCCAUGACCAUCACGUAGCCGCACUAGGUCUGUUCGCAUAUGCCGGUAUCACAGAUCUUGUGGACGGCUACAUCGCACGGCGAUGGAAUCUGCAGACAGUUGUCGGGACGAUCAUCGACCCGAUGGCUGACAAACUGCUCAUGACCAUCGGAGUCAGCUGUCUCGCGGUGAAUGGAUCAAUCCCAGUUUGGCUCGCUGUAAUCAUCCUGGGACGGGACGUCGGACUAGCCAUUUCCGCCAUCUACUAUCGGUGGAUAUCCCUGCCACCUCCCAAAACCAUGGCCCGGUAUUGGGAUUUUUCGCUCCCUUCGGCCGAAGUGAAGCCCACUACCGUGUCCAAGAUCAAUACGGCCCUGCAGCUGCUCCUAGUUGGUAGUGCAAUUGCGCUUCCUGUACUUCCCGAGACGAUCAUCGACGCUUGGAGCUUGAGGGAAGCAAUGACUGGAUUCCAGUAA